AUGGCUCCCAAGCGGAUAGGCCCCCUCGCGCAGGCCUGGCACGCGUGGAAGGCCCUGCAACUCCCGUGGCGGAAACGCUUCUUCGUCGGCUACGACCUCCAGGGCAACACGUACUGGCAAUUCCGCCUCACCACCCGCGGCCCUCCUUCCGACUACCCCGACUCCCAUGCCGCCACCGAGCCCUGGCGCCGCAUCGUCCACUACCCUCGAUCCAUGCCCUAUUCCGAGGUCAAGGUUAGCCCGCUCUGGCACCAGUGGCUGCGCCAGACCCGUCAUGAACCCCCGUCUCUCGCCGAGCAGCGCGACGACGUCCAGCGCCAGGAGCGCAUCAAGCUGCUUGCUGCGCAGGCCGAUGCGCGCUGGGAGGCCAAGCCCCGAGUCACAGACAGCCCCGUCGACGCGCUGCCUGGAGGCCCCCAGCCCGCUCAGCAGAGUCAAGCGCCGCGAUUUGGAAGAGGGCAGCAAAGAGUCCAGCCGCCCGGAAAAGAUGACCCAGAGACUACCACCAAAGCUCGUGGACCAGGCGAGAAUUGGCAGCCCGCGCCCUGGAAUCCCCGCUGA